GGCUACAAUAGUCAAGAUAGGAAUUCAGUUCGUUAUUAUCUUCUAUUCCGAGCCCGUGACAUCCCUCAUAGGUACGCUAGGCUUACCUUUGCCAUUUCGCAAAACCCCGCUAUACAACCAUCACUUCCUCUUCUGCCAUGUCUUUCACCGACACCACUCAUGGGAAUAUGGUAUCCAAGACGACGCUCGCAGAUAUAAGUCCUCCCAGUUCACCACCACAGACGGAUGAGCUUAAAAAGACAGCCCGGAACAAAUAUGAAGAAAAGCAUCGCUCGUUAAAAAUACUGCCUGCCCUGCCUUAUACUCCGCCAACAAGUCCUCCGCCAAAGGUGUCAAAGUUUACGAGCGAAGACAAAGCAUCAGCAGAGGAUGAAACCAGGCCGAAUUUUUCACAGUUGAAAACUAAACUUGGGAUCGGCAAUUGGAAAUGUGGAUGUACCACACUAAAAGGAGAUCCUUGCAAAAAUCGAAUAUCGUAUCAUAAAAAAGUGGAUAUCAACACGCAAAUUUGUUCAUUGAAAACCCCCAGUCAUUCAUCGCAAAAGCUCAAGGAUGAACUCUACAAGCUGGCUGAACUGGUACACUGUCGUCACCAUAAUAACCGCGCACAGAUGUGUUCUCGGGUUGACAAUUGGAGAAAUGCCUUCCCUGCUCCGUUGCUCUGGUAGUCAUUGGUUGAACAUUUAGACUCAUGCAAUAACCGGGAUUAUCAUUUGCUAUAGUCGGACAAUUUUAUAUAUGAUAGAUAAUACGUACUUAUUCAAAC